CCAACCCCUUAAACUUCCCCUCAAUACGGUCAGUAAAUAAGGAAGAAAAUUUUAUUUCGUUAAUAAUAAGUCAUGGACGUUGCAGGAAUGGAUCAAGGUGUCCAUGUAAAGUCUAAGCGACCAUCAGAUUCGAAUUUUAAGCAACAAAGAUUACCCAGCUGGCAACCUGUUCUCACUGCUGGAACAGUAUUACCUACAUUUUUCAUCAUUGGUAUUGCAUUUAUUCCAGUUGGUGUUACUUUGCUCUUCUUUUCCAAUAACAUAUCAGAACAUAUCGAAGACUAUACGCAAUGCAUCAAGGUCGGUAGUAACAACAUUACUUGUGCUGAUGAGAUUAAAUCCAACCCCCAAGGGUCGUGCAAAUGUGAAAUCAGAUUUGAUCUCAAAGAGGAUUUUAUUGGAAAUGUCUUCAUGUAUUAUGGAUUGACGAAUUUUUAUCAAAAUCAUCGAAGAUAUGUAAGAUCACGCGAUGAUAAUCAAUUGCUUGGUGAAUUAGAUUCACCAGUGUCAUCAGAUUGCAUUCCGUUUAGAGAAAAUGCUGAUGGAAAGUCAAUCGUUCCUUGUGGUGCAAUUGCUAAUUCAUUGUUCAACGAUACCUUGACUUUAAGUUCACUUUCACAUGGAACAGUUGAAACAAUCAACACUGGAAUUGCAUGGCCAUCAGACAAAGAAAUCAAGUUUAGAAAUCCGCCUGGGGACUUAAGAACAGCCCUUCAGGGAUUUUCUCGACCAAUUGCAUGGAAUCGAGAGUUGUGGGAGUUGGAUACAGAGAAUCCAAGCAAUAAUGGAUUACAAAACGAAGAUUUGAUUGUUUGGAUGAGAACAGCUGCUUUACCCAACUUUAGAAAACUUUAUCGUCGUGUCAAAUAUGAAGGAACACACUUUGAUGGAUUGUUACCAAGAGGACGCUACGUUUUGAAUAUUGAUUACAAUUAUCCCGUAACACAAUUUGAUGGAACCAAAUCUUUUAUUCUCUCAACGACGUCAAUUCUUGGAGGGAAAAAUCCAUUCCUAGGCUACGCAUAUAUUGUUGUUGGUGGCAUUUGUCUUCUUCUUGGUUUUAUUUUGCUAUUUGUUCAUCUAAAAUACCGAAGCCACCCGCAAUCAGCAGCUACAAGCGCAACUCCGUAUACGUAAAUCAAUGACAAAAGAGUAUUAAAAAAUUAAUUUUGUGAAGAAGAGAAAAGGAAAUUAGAACAAAGCUGUUUGCCACUUAAAAACAAAUUUUACUGACACUGCAGCAACUAAACAAUUCACUCUAAUGCAAACAACCAAGUUAUUAAUUUUUAUUAUUGCAAGUUGCACCAUUUCAGCAUUGAAUUUAAGUUGUUGCCAAAACAAGCAAAGCACAUAAAAAAAGGGAAAUUCUUGUUAAUUUCGUUACUCGCCCCCGAUCUAAAAUUGAUUUUUCUCCUUUAAAUAUGAAAUAGAAAAUUUGUAUCCGUUUCUUGUUACGGUAGAAAAUUCUGCGCCCAGUUUUUCCAACUUCUCAAUUUCUCUUCAAGUCAAUUUUCACAUUUCGUGACUGUUUAACAUCAAUUUUUCGCAAACUUGUUAUCUUUUCUUAGUUCUUUUAUUAUUUUUUGUUGCUGUUGUUCCCUUUAUAGAGGCGAACGCUCGCAAAAUGAAAGCAAAAUGUCAAGGAGAAAGUUUUUUUUAUUUGUGAUUUUAAUUAAAUCAAGGCUCUUAAUAGAGCCUUUUGGCUAAUCAACCUCUUAUUUAAUUAUUGCUUCGACCUUAUACUUGAUAGUUGUAAGUCAGACUUUAAAUUUUGUUAAUUGUUAUCAAAGCUUAUAUCUACUUAUAAUAUUGUACACGCUAUUUGACGUAUGUACCUCCAAAGAGACAGACAAGAAGCAUUGACUAUUUAUUAAAUAUAUUAAAAAGCUAUGUUUGAAGCACUUCAUAACAUGAAACAGUUUUAUUAAUGUCUAAGUGUCCUUUAAAUGUUACAAAUAUGUCGAAGAAUGAAAGCGUUUCCACGACAAACGUGAAAACGAUAAAUAAAGCAAAGGUUUAUCAAUAAGCAA